AUCAAGUUGAAGGAUUGAUAACGCAGGUAGACGGAUUGUCACACAAAGGGAGAAAGCGAGUUAAUAGUGUAUUGGUAGUAGAAGGAAAAAGAGAGAAAGAGAGAGUUUCAGUUCUUACUCAUUUCUUAUUCUACCUAGUUCGGUUCAGUAUAGUCCAGCUGUUCGUCGUUUUUGAUAGUCUGACGAAUGAAUUGUUCGGGACAGUCGCAGUUCUUGUCGUAGCAGAGGGGGUAUUAGCGCUGGCGCGGCUUCAUUGCUCGCUCGCGAACGAUGAAAAAUUAACGCUUCGCCUAUGUGCACAUAAUAUAACGAUAAGCCGAAUCCAAGUGUUCAUUCCAAAGUCUUUAAAAAAAGAACUGAUUUUGAACGACCUAUAACGGUAUUAUACCGAAGGAAGGGUGGCCUUCGGUGUGACAAAAGGCUUGGAGUGUAAGAGAGAGACAGAGACGCCGUACGCAGUACAGGAGAAGAACAACAGUCGAUUUUUGUUGCGAGCGACGAGAUUGUAAAAAGAAAGAAGACGAAGAGAAGAGGGGAAGAUAGACGAAGUUGAAGUCGUAGAAUCGAAUCGGGUGGCGUGUUCAAUUUCUUUCUCCGAAUCCCUACGUUUUUUUUUUUUUUUAAAUCUCAUUCCCGUUCUAAGAUAAAUUUGCAUAAAACGAGAGAGGUGUCAAGAAUUAAUUCGUUUCGACGAUUUUGGAGCGACCAACCCGUUCGUGAGGGAUGUCUACCCCUGCAAGAAGAAGGCUAAUGAGAGAUUUCAAGAGAUUACAAGAAGAUCCACCUACUGGAGUAUCUGGUGCACCUACGGACAAUAAUAUUAUGAUAUGGAAUGCUGUUAUAUUUGGGCCACAUGAUACUCCAUUCGAGGAUGGUACAUUUAAACUCACAAUAGAGUUCACAGAAGAAUAUCCAAACAAGCCACCUACAGUAAGAUUUGUCAGCAAAAUGUUUCAUCCUAAUGUAUAUGCCGAUGGGGGUAUUUGCCUUGAUAUUCUACAAAAUCGUUGGAGUCCUACAUAUGAUGUUUCUGCUAUUUUAACAUCUAUACAGUCAUUACUGGAUGAACCAAAUCCAAAUUCACCGGCUAAUUCUUUAGCAGCACAAUUGUACCAAGAGAAUAAACGAGAAUACGAAAAGAGAGUAGCUACAGUUGUUGAACAAUCUUGGUUAAAUUUUCAAGAAAGUCAUACGGAAGAUCCUCGCUGACAUUAAAUUUAAAGUCCUGGAAUGACAUGGAAACUGCACUGAAAAACUUAUGUGAUCUAUAUUUAUAAGUAUAAAUACAAUAUGUGUAUGGUUUUUGUUCAUAAUAACUACACUUUAGGUGCUUUAACAUAAAUAACAAAACAAUAAAAAAAACAUAUGUACAAAUACUCUUUUUUGUAUUAUCACAACGUGGCAUUAAUAAGAAUUAUAUUGCAAAUGUAAAAUGAUUUUCUGUACACAUAAAAUAAUUUGUUUUAUAGAAAAUGAAACGUAUAACUUGGUAAUAUAGAAUUUAUGUUAUAGAUCAAGGGCAUUUGUACGUAUAUUCCUGUUUUGUGUUUUCGAUAUAACAAUUAUAAAUUGAAAUUUGUUAAGUUUCCAUUUACCUUAUUAUUUAUUUCAAUGGCUUCAAGCGCAAUAAUAGUUUAAUUUCAUGUUGAUAAGCAUGUUAUUGUUUUAAAAUAUAAAUUGAAGAUUUUAUUUCCAAUGGAAUUUUGUUUAAAAAUUGCAAUUAUAUAUAAUGCUUGAAGUCAUUGAAAAACAGAUACAUCUUUUCACAUAUUUAAUUUUGGUUUUAUAUAUACUUGACUUUUGUUUUCUUUUCUUGUGGAAAAUAUUUGAAUCCAACUUAAUAAAAUUCAAUAAAUAUAGUAUAAAUUUUAAAUAGAAUUAUAAGAAACCCAAUUCCUAUAAUUUAUCAUAUGAAAUUUAACAACAAUGUAAUCAACUUUUAUAUAACAUAAUUUUGUUUUCUCCAAUAAAUUCUGGAAUAUAUUAU